ACCACUUGCAGAGGACCAUCACUCGCCAGACCAAGUGCAAGUCGCGACCACUCCCUUACCGCCAAACUGGGUCUUACUUUCUGCUCCUCUGCCUUGGCGCACAUUGCCGUCUCUUCCAUGAGCACACAGAAACGACCAGCAACCGACCCGUUACCAGAACCUCCUUCAAAACAGCCUCGUCGUACUCUCUUCGGUCCUUCAGGCGAGAAAGCAAGUCCCUCCCAGAGUCUUUCUUCUCGCUGGAAGGCUUUCACGACGUCCUUCUUCGUCCUUGUUGGCGACACGAUAUCCUCUGUCAUACGCGCGCCGCAAAAGUCAGAUUUGAACUCUGAGGCGCGUCAAGAGCCAAAAGAGGCUCAGGGUCAAGCUCAGGACAUGUCACCACCGUCGUCACCUUCCCUUCAGAACGCCGAAGCAGGUCCGUCGCGCCUCCACGUCGAAUCAAGGCAGAGCAGUGUCGCAGAGAGUUUGAGUAUAACUGGCAGCGGGUGGCAGGAGGGACACCCAGUGGAUCAACGUCGACGCGACUCACAGUCGCCGUUUCAAUUUUCACAGAACAGCUCUUUCCAUGGAAGUGUCUCGUCAUCACAAGGGCCGUCGCGAUUUCAGUUUAAAUCCAGCCCUGUACCCAGCGACUUUCGGGACACACCCCUUCGCAAACCACGCCCACGUCCACCCCGCCGGAAAGGAUCUAUGGGACCUCCUCCCGUCCCGCCGGCCCGCAAUACUCUUGCAUUUCCCCUCUCUGUACCACCCUCACCUCAGCCAUCGUCUUCCCGCUCAGAUAUAGAGCCUUCACCCGGUUAUAUCCAGCAUUCCAUCCAAUCGCCCAUGCCCCAUCUAUCCAAGAUAAAGCACCGUGAUAGACCACAUAUACAUGCUGCUCAGCAUAAAGCUCAAGUAGCAGCCGAUAAAGAAAAGGAACGAACGCGAUUGCUAACACAAUUGUACCACAUGAACAAGAAACAGGGCUACGGUUCCACUUUCCAAGAGUUUGACAGUUUGCUUCAGUAUCGUGCUCUCUUAGAGGGCGUCGACACGCCGUCAAGGCAGAGACUACUAUCUGCUUCACCAUCACUAACAGACCUACGUUCAAAACCUAUGCAGCCCAUCCAGCCAACCCGAUUGCGUAGGCAUUCCGACAUUUCUGAAUUCCCUGCCUAUCUUCGUCUUGCUCUAGAGAAAGCGCGCGCUACUUUGAACGGACCCAAACCUGCGGUGCCAUUCAGCCCCGCUGAAGAACAACGCAGGUUGAGGGAUAGAACGAAAGAUGCACAAAUAGAACGUCGCCUUCGUGGGGCAAAACAAAAACCCUUACCAAAGGCCCUCCCAGACGAAGAUGAACUUAAAGUGAAAGCCUUACUCAAAAAGUCCAGUGUCGUGUCAAAGUACGAGCGAGAACAAGUCACCGGCCAGGACCUUCAACGAUUAAAGCCCGGUCAAUGGCUAAAUGACGAGAUUAUCAACUUUUAUGGGGCCAUGAUCCUUGGACGCUCCGAAGCUAGCAAGGAAAAUCCUGCAGUCAAUGGAGCAGCGAAAGGGAAGAAGACACCGUUGAAUGUACAUUAUUUCAGUACCUUCUUUUGGUCGAAAUUGGACAAGGACGGCUAUGAAAAAGCACGGUUGGCAAAGUGGACAAAAAAGUUUGACAUAUUCGCAAAAGAUAUGGUGCUUAUACCGGUUAAUCAUAACAACAUGCACUGGACAGCUGCGGCCAUCAAUUUCCGGCACAAACGAAUAGAAUCGUAUGACAGUAUGAAUAUGAACCGACAAUUGGUGUUCAAGCUUCUUCGACAUUAUCUAGAUGCCGAACAUCGGAAUAAAAAGAAGAAACCUUUCGAUUUUUCUGGCUGGGAAGAUUAUACACUUAAGGACACGCCACAACAAGAGAACGGAUAUGAUUGUGGGGUAUUUACCUGCCAAUUCUUACAGUCCCUAUCCAAGGGUGAAGACUCUUUCAACUUUACCCAGGCUGAUAUUCCCUAUCUUCGUCGGCGAAUGAUCUUGGAGAUUGGACAGGCGUCACUUGGAGAUGAUCCAUAGCAUUUAUAUCUGCUGUAUCUAUUCGUGGGGGGUGUUCGUAACAUGCGAGGGUGGUUGCGCGCGUCUUUAUUGGUUAAUAUAU